CGGCUCGCCACUGAGCCACCGCUCAGUUGAGUUUCUGCAACCGUAUAAAUAUGUGCGAGAGAAGUCGUAAAGCGUCACCUGCCAUACAAGAAAUGCUGGCCGUCUACGAAAACGUCGAGGGCAACAACUCUGAGUUUGGCAGUGGACGUUCGAGUCCCGCGAUCCCGUCAUCCGAGCUGGGAGCAGACACCGAGAUGGUCCAGGAGGGUGGGGCAGGGGCCGUGGACGAAGGGCUCAUCGCCCCGCGUCGGCUUAACAACCCCUGCCUGGACAAUUCUGCGAGGAUGGACUUACAUAGAGAACUGCUCUUCAAUCAGAGGAUAGGUAAAAAUGUUCUGAACCAGAAGAGCGAACUACAAAAGGCCCUCACAAAACACAAAGAGAAGCAGCUCAUGAAUCAAGUAAAGGAGCACCGGGAAACGCCAGAGUUAGAAAGGGCCAUAGCCGAACGCGCUCGCAGGUUAGAGCAAGCCGAGCAGAGCCACGAAGAGAUCGACCCCGCGACCAACCCGACCUUGCAGGAGGUGCGCGCGCGUCUCAGACACGCGGCACCGCCAUCUCCCGCCGCGUCUGCGCACUGAGUACCUUUCUAACCUUCAAUCUGCAAUCCACGCUUUAUUUCAUCCACCUAUCGAUGAGAAUUUAAACUCGACAAAUUCAAUUACUUUAUACAAUUAAGAGAUCACCGUUCAUCUCAAUAUUUAAACGGACAAUUCUUAUCAUAUUUAGAAAUCAAUCGUAGUAAACUAUGAAAAUGUAUAAAUAAAAAUGAUUAGGUUGAAACGGGCCUAACGCAAUGUAUUCAUAUUAUAUGAAACUAUGAUUUCUGAUUCCGGCGCCAUCUACAUGAUAUCGUACAUAAUUGUGGUAGAAAUCUGAAUUAGCUCUUAAAAUACUUUAUUUUUAAUUAAAGGGACUAUGUUUCAUUUAAUGUUAUGGGGGAAGGUAAGGGGGAAAUAGCUUUAGGUUGGGAUUUAAUUAGACGCGCGGGACUUUGAGUUCACGCAGCGUCACGUAGAUGGCGCUAUUAUUUAUAGUUUGCGAUGCGAAAGAGCUUUCUCGGCGAAGCGUGUAAUAUUCGGUUAUUAUUGUAGAUAGGAAAACUUAUUUUAGUAUUUUGUCCUCGAACGGAGUCACUGAAAGUGUCACAAAAUCAUUUCUGUAUUAGGUUGAUUCGGUAGUCGUCUAGCGUUGACUUCCUUAGUUUAUUGUCUUAAGGUAUAUUUAAGUGUAAUUUAUAUUAAUUUGUUACCAAAAAUGUCCCGCCCGGGAUGAGCGGAUCGACUGAGGAAUCGACUCGAGCCGUAACGAUGAGGGUAAACGUCGACUUCUAGAGAGACAAAUAUUUUUCUAACCCUUUUUAAUCACUUUUCUUACGAAUCCCGUUGCACGAUAUUCUCGUUCGGAGCCUUAGGAGUCUACCGCUUCGAAGAGCCGUCUACGGCGUUGAGCUAUUUUAGUACACCUUGGAUAUUUGUAGUUAGUAGAUAACGUUAACUACUUAGAACCCUAUUUACAUAGUAGUUGGAGAGUAGUCUUAUGAGCGCUGUCUUCGAUCUUAAAAAUCGUAUAUUUUCCCAAGCCAUAAAGUAUUUUAUAUAAUAUUGAAGGUUCAGAGUAGUCCCCGAAUGUAGUCGACCAAUAUGUUCGAUAUCGACGUGUUCAUCAAAGUGAUAGAAAAGAUAUUUUUGUAUUUUUAUGUAACCUAGAGGUUUUUACUCCCGACUUCCUAUUGACCGUAGUCGUUCCGAUUCGUAGGUCUUUGGGUAAUCUUGUAAUCGUAAUCGUCAAUCCGACUAAUGAUAAAUAAUAUGUAGAGAAUCUCCGGUAUAUCUGUUUGGAUUCGGGAAUCAAAUGCUGUUGCAGCACGAGAGGCAUUUCUUUCUCCGACGUGCCUAUUAGUGAUUAUUGUUGAUUAUUUUCAGAGAAUGAAUUUUAUUGAUGGUUGUAAAUUUAUGAAUUAUAUUGAAAUGCUCUUCUUCCGUGUUUGCUAUUUUUACCAUUUUCUCAUAAUCUUUCUUGCGUAGCUUUCGAUUUUUAUCUAUAUAUCUACGAGCAGUUUCUGAAGGUUCUCGUUUUUGAAAGCGAAAAUGACGAAAGUAUCCGAACAUCUUUAAUUUCAAAAGCGAACAUUAAUCCACUCGUUACUCCUUCCACUUCAGUUUUCUUCCGGUAUUUUGUGUUUUAUGUUAAUUGUUUGUUAAUUACCUUAGACCUCAUUUCCACCAUCAGAAAUAUCUCGGUCGGUAACACAUUUCGAGAAAGUGAUCGAUUCGGGGUUUCCGGUUCAUCCGAGAUGGUGAAAAUGAGAGUUAAACGAUGAUUUAGUACAAAGUGGCAACUCCAUGUGAAAAGUUUGAGUUAAGCUUCAGCUUGCGAAGCUGUGUCUCGUGGCCAUUUUACGUUUGUUAUGUGACUAUUUAGACUUAAGACCUUUUUGUAAUAAAGUUGACUUGAAUUGUAUGAAACGUUUCGUAAUAAUUUACAUAGAAAAAUAAAAGUGUUUUAGCAAAAA